GUUUUCAGAGCUUCACCAAUUGAGUUUGUUAUACUACUUGUCGAUUGCUACACAGAAUGCCGUUGAAGAUUUACAAAGAUGGCGGAGGGAAUCCGAUUCAGUUUAUGGAGAUUAACGGUGUCAGGUACCCGUAUGUUGAGGGUGUAGACCAGGAUCACGUCGUCCACGUGGCGAAAGAGGCUAAAGCACGAGAUGACGACAUCCUUCUUGUUACAUAUGCUAAGUCAGGUACACAUUGGACCUGGGAGAUAAUAUCUAUGCUUUGCAACGGAAAAGCUGAAACUGUUCCAACAAUUAAGCAAAUGAAUAUGAUCGAAGCCAUUUCUUCAGACGAUCUGACGUCACUUGCGUCUCCAAGAGUUCUUAACACGCACUUCCGGUUCAAUGACUUACCGAAAGACAUGGUCCGAAAAAAGACUAAGAUCGUUCUUGUUCAUCGCAAUCCAAAGGAUGUGGCAGUCUCUCAUUUUCAUCACCAUAUUAAAUUAAAAUCAUUGUAUAAUUACAAUGGAGCGUGGAGUGACUGGUUACCUUUAUUUCUUGAAGGGAAUGGUAGGCCAUUUGCUACUUCUUUAUGUUUUAAACUUUUGUUGACAAAUGUUCUAAAUAUAGUUCUGAACAUUUCAGUCGAUGUAAAUUCAUGGUUUGACUACAUCAGAGAUUGGGAGAAAGCGAUGGAAGAAAAUCCUGACUACCCUAUACACCUAAUGUAUUUUGAAGACAUGAAAGAGGACCUUUGCCGAGAAGUGAAAAAACUUGCUGGUUUUUUAGAAUUACCAGUAUCAGCAGAACUGUGUCAAAAUAUUGCCAAAAAGUGUCAGUUUGAAAAUAUGCAAAAUGAUAAGAAAGGAUUGGAGAACGAGUUCUGGACAAAUGUCUGGGUUAACAAGCAGCCAAACUUUUACCGAAAAGGUGUUGUCGGUGACUGGAAGAACUAUUUUACAGUCGCACAGAAUGAACAGUUUGACGAACUAUACAAACAAAAAAUGGCCGGAAGCAAACUAAAUUUCAGAUUUGAAUUGUGACUUCACCACAUGUUAUUACCAGUGUGAUACAUGUAAUGGACAAAAAAUGGCAUUUCACAAGAACCAGCAUUAUCUAAUUAAUGCUAAUUUAGUCGCUUAUUAGUAUUUAGAUUACAUAAGAUAUUUACAUGUAUUUUAGCGCGGUUGUUAAUCAUCUUCUUGAAACUUAGAUUAGCUUUGUUUAGUAACCAGUGCCUGUGCAAUACGUGAAAACAUGCCUAAUAAUUAUAUCCAUGAAUAAAUACUGAAUUG